AUGCGCCGGAUCCUGCUUCUAGCUUUGCUAAUUUUCGCAGGAUUCGAAGAAGCUGCUGCCCUUUCCCGCCGAAAACAGAGAAUCGAAGAAAAUCGCCUCAAACGAAGAUUAUUGAAGGCGAACCGAAGAGCGGAAAGAGCAGAUGAAAAGAAGCGCCGAGCGCUAGAAAGAGAAAACAGAAAGAAAGCCAAGAAACUCGAGCAAGAAAAUUCUAUUAGACGGCAGUUGCGCGACGACGACGGAGAAUGGUCUCCCAUCAUCAUCAAAACACCCACAGCCAAAUUCUUCGUCGACUGCACCAGCAAAACCGACAACAACAACGACUCAUGCUCCAAAAACAACGACUUUGACGACGGAAAAAGUCACAACGACAACAAGUAUGAUGGAAAUAUAUGUUAUCGCUUGAAAUUCACUCCAAAAAUAGCUACUCCUACAUCGGACAGUGCCAAUGCUGCUGGGAAAUCGAAAAACAAUGCAGAGGAAAUCGCGGAAUUGCUGAAAGAUCCGCAGUUUUAUGAAUCGAUUGUGACGACUCUCAAGGAGAAAAUGAAAGAUGAACUUGUCGGCGAAAAGGGAGAAAAGGGCGAUCCAGGAAGUGGCAGCCCUGCAGGAGCGGUUGGAGGAGGAAUGCCAGGGGCAAAAGGUCACCAAGGCGAUCGAGGGCCGAUGGGACAGGAAGGCAAGCGAGGGCCUCCUGGACUUCAAGGAUUACCUGGCGAACCGGGGCCGAAUGGAGAGCAAGGCUUAAUGGGUCCUCCCGGAAACCCUGGAGAACCCGGAGAAAAAGGAAAUACAGGCAGAAGAGGACACACUGGUGAUCAAGGAGUUCCCGGGCCGAUGGGCGAGCAAGGUGUUCCUGGAGAACCCGGAUUAAUGGGACCGAUGGGCUUUGCCGGACCGCCAGGGCCAGAAGGACCGUCUGGGAAAGUCGGACCAAGAGGACUUGAUGGCCCACCCGGACCACAAGGAGAAGCUGGAGAAAAGGGAUUCAAAGGAGACAUUGGCGAUGCCGGCGCUCCCGGAGAAAAAGGAGCCGUUGGCGAAAAGGAAUUCAAGGAAAAGAUGGGGCCUCCUGGUGAUCGAGGACCAGCUGGACCCGCAGGUCCUAUCGGACCGCAAGGACCUGUUGGUGUUCGAGGUGAUCCCGGAUUGGUUGGACCGGAAGGACCUGCCGGACCGCAAGGCGAUGUUGGUCCACAAGGAGUUACUGGCUCUCCUGGCGCAAGAGGAGAGCCUGGCGAUCCAGGUCCACCCGGGCCUCCUGGUCUGCCUGGUGUUCAGGGAAACAAGGGCCAUUCUGGCGUUCCUGGAGAAAAAGGCGCAGAUGGAAAGCCUGGCCCGCCCGGUCCUGAAGGUCCACCAGGUGGAAAAGGAGAAAGAGGAAUUCAAGGAUAUCCCGGUGAAAAUGGAAAUCCCGGAGGGAGAGGUGAGCCCGGUGGACAAGGGCCGAUGGGUCCGCCUGGAAUGCGAGGACCAAUGGGUGGUCGUGGAAUCGAAGGCCCGCGCGGGCCGAUCGGACAAAGAGGUCCUCCAGGAGCAAUUGGCCCGAUGGGACCGCCGGGAAAAGACAUGGACGACGAGCGCGUCAGAGAUAUUUGCUUGGGCCUGAUAAAUGAGCGAAUGCGAAAUGGCGGAGCAAUCCGACGCGUUCUCAACCAACGACGAGGUCCUCCCGGCCAGCCUGGUCGACCUGGUUUGUCGGGCAGACCUGGCCCUCAAGGAAUUCAAGGCAUCGCUGGUGAUCCUGGCGAACGAGGACACCCUGGCAUGCCCGGACCGCCUGGCAACGAUGGAAACCCUGGUUCAAGAGGCGAAAAGGGCGAUCGCGGUCAAGUUGGGCACGGACUACCUGGCGACCCUGGUAUUCCUGGUCCUGCUGGCGAACGCGGUCCUCCUGGAUUCGGAAGAGACGGCCAACGAGGAGCUAGUGGCUUACCUGGACCAAGAGGUCCUCCUGGGCCGCCGGGAAUGCAAGGCGUUGUUGGACCACAAGGAGUUUGUAAUCCUUCUGAUUGCGCGAUGCGGUAUCCGAGCAAUAUCAAAGCGCCGCCGAAGGGACCGGCCACUGUUCCCGUGAACCCAGCGCCGGGAGAAGACAUGGACUCCGGCGACGACGAUGGCGCCUUCGGCGACGAAAGCAGAAACGACAAUGGCGUUGUGGAUCCGGCCGAUUUUUCGAGCGCGAUGGAUGAUUCUAUUUCUGGCGGAAUUCUGCCCAAAGCAGAUGAAGGAGAGCCGGAGCUAAUUUUGAGCAGAAGAAACUCACGAAAUUAA